AUUUUUGCAGCUGUUUAAAUAUUUUCCCGAAACGCUUUCAUCAGUUUAGAGCUACUUUCGGCUUCGUAAUGUCCAAGUUCAACACAAUAAUUUGGCCCAAAGUUAUUUUAUUUGGCGACUCCAUCACUCAGUUUUCUUUUCAACCCAGUGGAUGGGGAGCAGAUAUCUCCAACAAGCUUGCAAGAAAGUGUGACGUUGUGAACAGAGGACUGUCAGGCUACAACACCAGAUGGGCCAAGAUUGUACUUCCUCGCCUUGUUAGCAGCCAGAACCCGUCAGACAUCUCUGCUGUGACGGUGUUCUUUGGAGCCAACGACUCGGCGCUGGAAGAUAAGAACCCGCAGCAGCACGUCCCUCUGCAGGAGUACUCAGAAAACCUGAAGGACAUCAGCAGGUUCCUGACCUCGGCCGGCGUGUCAGCAGACAAAGUCAUCUUCAUCACUCCUCCUCCUCUUCAUGAGCCGUCCUGGGAGAAAGAGUGUAUUCUCAAAGGAUGUCCUCUCAAUCGGCACAACUCCGUUACGGGUCAGUACGCUCAGGCUUGUGUCCAGGUAGCCCGUCAGUGCGGCUCGGAUGUCCUGGACCUCUGGACGCUCAUGCAGAAAGACGGACAAGACUGCACGGUUUACCUGUCCGACGGGCUGCACCUGUCAGAGAGGGGGAACCAGUUGGUGGCUGAGCAGCUGUGGAGUUUACUAGAAGCUCGUCUGGCUCACCUGCCCUUCAUCCUGCCGUACUGGGGAGACGUGGACGCGCAAAGCCCGGAGAGCAGCCUCCUCUGCAACCACUGAGGACAAAACAUGGCCGUAAAGAACAAUAAAAAGACGAAACGUGUUUAAAUGUUCAAUAAAGAUAUGUUUUAUUGGUUA